GCAGCACUGAGUCAUCAUUUUAAAAAAACACAGCUUCAUUUUCUUACUACCAUAUACACUAUAAAACACGGCGGCGGGUAGUGAGUUGGGAGGAAGAAUGUUUCUGUCUCUGCCUACGCUGACUGUGCUCAUUCCACUGAUCUCCUUAGCGGGACUAUUCUACUCGGCCUCGGUGGAGGAGGACUUCCCGCAGGGCUGCACGAGCACAGCCAGCCUUUGCUUUUACAGUCUGCUCUUGCCCAUCACCAUUCCAGUCUAUGUGUUCUUCCACCUCUGGACCUGGAUGGGUAUUAAGCUCUUUAGGCAUAAUUAACGCAGCCACAGCCAGGAUGUGGUCCUAAGCACCUGUGUCUGAAAGCUCAGCGAGGUGGAAAUACUGGAGACCCAUUUAGUUUGGAGGAAAGUUGCUUAGCCUUGUUUAACUCAAGUUUAGGACUAAGAGGUUUAAGCUGCAGAAGCUUUGAUUGUGCUUCUGUUCUGCCCUUUUUGAAGAUUCUGACUGUUGUAUCAGAGAAACACAAUAAAAUGUGAUGGAGAUAACACCUUUAA